AUGGGGCAUCUAUUGUUGAAAAUACAGACCUCGGCCUUGUUCCUCAAGGCCAAGCAUGCCUUCUCGCUUCAUCGCAAGUCAUCGCUCAAUUCCCCCUCGUCCUCCCUCUCCUCUCCUUCAGCCUCACCGCCCUCCUCGUCCUCCUCGCCGACCGAGCUGACCUCGUCCCAGCACUUCUCUACUGUUCUCAGUACCCCUCCUUCAUCCUCAUCAUCCUCAACAAGCCAAUCGCUUACUGCGACAACCAUCUCGACCUCAGAUGCAGGAGUCGCUCCACACAAGACCAAAUCCAAGGGCAGUAGUCGGUUCAAGGUCAAGACAUUUGCCUCCUUCCGAGACCGAUCGAGCAGUCCUCCCCUGACAUCCUCGUCUACUUCCUCUACUGGCCCCGUGUCUUCUGGAUCAACGACGUCUUCCUCUUCGUCCUUGCCCACCCCUUCCUCUUCAUCUCCAGGAGCAACAACAACUCCAACGGUAGCGGCAACCACAUCCGUAAUAGCAACAGCAAGAACACGGAUCAUCAGAGCUGGAUCAUCAUCGGUAUCAUCAUCGACAUUGACUUCAACACCGAUCAAGUCACCGACGACAACCCCACCUAGUCAGUCGGCAGCGGUGUUCUCUGUGAAUCCGUAUUCGUCUUCAUGGUCGCCAUCGACGGCAUCUAUUCUGAAAUCCCCCUUGAGGACGGGAUCGUCGUCAAAGGCCAGUACGAGUCUGGAUCUGAUGCAGUGUUCGCUUUAUUCUCCUGCGCCCAACCUGAUCCUGCAGCCUAGCCCGGCGAUUGAUCUUGCACCGACGUAUGUGGCCGGUGCCCGUUCGUCGACCUCGCGGGCGAUGCUCCGUCGCGAUGGUUCUGACUCCUCGUCCCUCCUCGACUACUAUGGCCCUGUCAUUGGAACCGAAGACGGGGCCUCUCGACAGCAGCAGCGGAUUAUUACUUACCCAGCCCCAGAAGAGCGCAAGUUGCUAAUCGAUCAACACUACAAUAUCAUGCUACGUGGACCCGUCUUCAUAGACUUCCUCUCCAAGCUCCCCUAUGAGAUCGCCAUCUAUAUCCUCCUCUUUGUCGACAUGCACAACCUCACCAAGGUCGCCUUGAUCUCCAGGACUUGGAACCAAUUCUCGCGCGACAACGAGGUCUGGAAGAAUGUCUAUCUCCAUCAGAAGCAAUGGAAGGUCAGGAUCCCACCCUCACUCCCCCGCAAGGUCAUCCCCGACUCGACUGCCGCCGCCGCUGGCGCUCUCUUCGCAGCUACAGCAUCCCAGUCUCAAGAGGCAUUGGCAUCUACGACAGUAGCAGUAUCAAAGCAGAUCACCUCCAAACCGCUCAACUGGAAGAUGCUGUGUCAUGACCGUACCCAGCUCGAGAGACGGUGGACAACGGCCCCACCCAAUACCAGGCUCACCGGCCAUACCGACAGUGUCUACUGCGUGCAGUUUGACCAUUACAAGAUUGUGACGGGAUCAAGGGACCAGACGAUCAAGUUUUGGGAUCUGCAUACACUCAAGUGCACACAUACCCUUCAGGGCCACUCGCAGUCAGUCCUCUGUCUCCAGUUCAACGACAAGAUCAUGGUUUCGGGAUCAUCGGACAACACGAUCAUUGUAUGGGACAUGGAGAACCGGACGAUUCUCUCCAGACUGCAUGGACACACUGCAGGAGUCCUCGAUGUCUGCUUUGAUGACCAGUACAUCGUCAGCUGCUCCAAGGAUACAUCAAUCAAGGUCUGGGACGUCAAGACGUUUGCGCUAGUCAAAACCAUGACGGGACACCGUGGACCGGUGAAUGCUGUGCAACUUCACAGGGGUCAGGUUGUCUCGGCGUCGGGUGAUGGUAUGGUCAAGCUGUGGAACAUUGGAUCGGGACAAUGUGUUCGGGACUUUAUUGGUCAUGACCGCGGUCUGGCUUGUGUCCAGUUUGAUGGUGAGACGAUUGUGUCGGGCUCGAACGACAAGUCGAUCAAGAUCUGGGAGGCGCGUACAGGAAGAUGUCUGAGAACAUUGACGGGUCAUACUGCAUUGGUCAGGACAUUGCACUUUGAGAACAACCGGAUCGUCAGCGGAAGCUAUGAUCAUACCGUUAAGGUCUGGGAUAUGACGACUGGACAGUGCAUCUUGAAUCUGGACAGCGGCCAUGUCAGCUGGGUCUUUGACGUCCAGUUCUCCUCCAGCCGCAUCAUCAGCACUUCGCAAGACAGGAAUAUCAUUGUGUGGGACUUUUCUGGAGACUUGGACGUUCGUCUGUUCGAAUAA